AGUUGAGUUUGUUAUCAGAUAGUCAAACUCUAGUUUCUGAAACUGAUUCUCAAGAAUUGAAUAAUGAAAUAGAAAGUUCUGAAACUGGUUCAAUUUAUUUUGAAGAAAUACGACAAGACAAUAGCGAUGUGAAUAGUAAUACAGAUGAAGGAAUAAAUAGUAAUGCGGAUGAAGUAAAUGGCAGAAUGAAUACAAAAUUCAUUAGUGAUACGGAUGAAGAAAUGUACAGCAAUAUGGAUGAAGAUGAAGCGCAAGAAAUGAAUAUACAGAAUAAUUUUCUUCAAGAUUAUUCUGAAGCACGAAUUACUAGUAACGAAAUUAUUAUUAUUGACGAUUCUGAUAACGAUUCUAGUGAAGAUCAACGUUAUUCUGCGCAAGAAAAAGAAAAAUGGAUGGCAUAUUCUGAUAUUGAUACUGUUGAAAAUAGAUCUGAUCACAAG